AGGCAUGCUGGGAGUCGUAGUCCUGCUCCCCCUGCCCAUCCGCUUUGCUGAGGUUUCUUCCCGGAGCAUACCGGGAAAUGUAGUUCUUCCACUGUAACCUUUCCCCCCCGCCCCCCCCCGUGCUCUCUCUCUUCCCAGUCUCAGUUCCUGCCUCCCGUUGCUCCCCCAGGUGGGCAUGAACGGGGCGGGAGAGCCUGAUCCUGGCAGCGGGGGCUACAAAAGGCGCUACAGGGCCUUGAAGAGGAGGCUGAAGUUCCUGAUCUAUGAACAAGAAUGUUUCCAGGAAGAACUGAGAAAAGCGCAAAGGAAACUCUUAAAAGUUUCACGGGAUAAAAGUUUUCUGCUUGAUCGCCUGCUCCAGUAUGAGAACGUGGAUGAAGAAUCAUCAGACUCGGAGGCAACAGCCUCCUCUGAUAAUAGUGAUGGGGAGGUCCCCAAGGGGACAGAGCCACAGUCCCUAAAGAGAAAACAAAGUCCACAGCUUGGCAGCGCUUCAUCCCCUUCGUCUUCAGGCCUUUCCCUCCAGCCAACUUCCGGCUUUGGGCUCCCGGCUUCAGGGACGCCAUCUCCCUACUUGACCUCUCUGGCCUCACCCCCUUAUGCUCCCUUCCCCUCUGACUACCUGGCACUAGAGCCUGAGCCUGGGCCCCCCCAACCUGAUGCCAACGCCACCCGCUCUGCCAGGCGGCCCCAAAGGCCCCGCAAGCUCAAGCUCCCGCUGCCCCCCACCUCCCACUCUGACUGUUCAUCUGUGGUGGUGGGGCUGCCCUUCCCUUCGCCCCGCGGGACCCCCAAGCUGCCGCCGCCCACCAUCCUCAGUACGGUGCCCCACCAGAUGUUCAGUGACACCGGGGAGGGAAGUGGCGAAGACCCCCUGGAUGGUGACGAUGAAUUGGUAAUCGACAUUCCCGAGUGACAGUGGCAAGCGGCUCUCUCUGCUCAAAGGACACAGGCCUCGCAGUGGUGUGUGUGGGGAUUGCGCCCCACAAUUUUUAUUUUUUUUGUUUACAGACUCCAAAAAACAUGCAAACCAGUCAAUAAAUGGGAUUUUUUAUAUAUAUAAAAAAUUCCAGUUGCAGUUUCUACACAUACCCUCCCCCAAACCCCCACCCCAAACUUCCCUCUUCUCCUAAACCCCAUGAGCCCUUAGAAGAAGUUGCCUCCUGCUGAGGCCAGAGGUUUCUCUUCAGUCAUGUACCUUCAUCUACAAACUGUAUUGAUUAAGAAAAAUCUUUGUGAAAAAGUGCAUCCCUUUACGAGGUGGAAAGAAUCUUCUUUUCUUUUCUUUUUUAACUACAAAAGAAAAAAUCCCUUUAAAGGCAGGGAACUCUGAAAAAGUGCUGGAAAUCUCCUGAGGGGAGAAAAAAGUGAACGUUUUUAAGGACUAGGAGAGGUUUUCGCUGCACAUGUAAACAUUUGAAGUCAAUCUGCUUCUGAAAUUUUUUUGUGGAGAAGUUUAUCCUUCAAAAACCCACUUGGGUAUUGUUUUACAUAAAAUAGAAAGAUCACCAGUGUUUUAAAAUAUAUAUAUUUUACUAGAUGGUUUCUAGUAAGCACCCAAAUUUU